AUGACGACGGGGGAAGUAGAAGUAGAAGGCGAGGACAAAGAUCACCAACAAGAUGCUUCUACCACAUUAUCUGGAAACUUUGCAAUUGGUGAUGUAUCAUUAUCAAACUUAAAAACAAAUUCAGGAGAAGUUGAUUCUGAUGGGUUGAGUGUCUUGGAGUCUGAUGGAUGA